GUUAAACAUGGCUGCGCUCUUGAGAUCGGCCCGGCUACUGAAGAUUUCCCCCGCUUCUCUGCUCCAGAUCACCGGAGCGAACAUACAUGGGUCGGCAGUUGCUCGUCUGUGCGGAGGAGCGAUUGGUGGCAGAGUUGCCGGAAUCCGUGCGACACAAGUAACACAUUCCUUCGGCGUGAACAGAGUUUCAUGGCCCUACGCAGGGGUGCGUCACUUUGCGGUGGCCCCAAAGCAGCAGGGGGUGUCCAAGGAUGAGGGCAGCUCGGCUGUGCGGGCCCGGCAGGCCCAGCAGUUUGACUGGGCACUCGGAAAGUUGGACAGCUCUGUUCGCCGGACGGGACGAAUCACCAAGACCCUGCUGCUGCGUAUCUUCCACGAUAUCUGUCGCUCAGGGUACCCCAGUGGGAACCAGGCUCUGUUGCUUCUGCGUAGCUGUGGGUCCCUUCUCCCAGAGAUGCCCCUAUCAGAGCGCAACGAGCUGGCACACCGCAUCUGGGACAAGCUGCAGGAGCUGGGGGCGUCCUAUGAUGCAAGUCACUACAACGCCCUGCUCAAGGUUUACCUGCAGAACGAGUUUAAAUUCUCCCCCACUGAAUUCCUGGCCAAGAUGGAGGCUGCCAACGUACAGCCUAACCGAGUGACCUAUCAGAGACUGAUUGCGGCCUACUGCCAGGAGGGGGACAUCGAAGGGGCAAGCAAGAUCCUGGGCUUCAUGAAGAGCAAAGACCUGCCAAUCACUGAGGCUGUCUUCAAUUCCCUGGUCACAGGCCACGCCCGUGCAGGGGACAUGGAGAGUGCAGAGAACAUCCUGCCGGUGAUGAGAGGAGCUGGCAUCGAGCCGGGGCCCGACACCUACCUGGCACUGCUCACCGCCUACGCCGAGAAAGGAGACAUGGAAAAAAUAAGACAGAUCCUGGAGGCACUGGACAAGGGUGACGCCACCCUGAUGGACAGGGACUUCAUGCAGUUGGUCUUCAGCCUGGCCAGGGCGGGGCACCACCAACACGUCCCCGAGGUUGUGGAGCGCCUGAGGCACGACCGCGGAUUCAUACCAGAUGCCAUGAACCUGUGCCUGAGUCUGAUCACGCAGGGUCAGGAGGACACGGCCUUCGCCGUGCUCAAGACCUUCCCCACCCUCCAGGCGGAGGCCCAGAACGGAGACUCCCCCGAGCUGGGCAACUUCUUCCUGCGCCACUGCGUCAAUAUGGACAAGUCAGUGGAGAAGUUGCAGACCUACUGCAAAGAGCUCCAAGACUCUGGCUUGCACUCGUCAGCCCUGCAGUUCACACUCUACUGCACCCUAGAGGCCAAGAAGACAGGCAUGGCGGUGCAUCUGAUGAAGGUGAUGAAGGAGCAAGGCCUUCCCAUAAGGCCACACUACUUCUGGCCCCUCCUCACCCAGCACCAACGGGACAAGAACACGCAAGCCACAGUGGAGGUCCUGAAAGGCAUGCAGGAUUUGGAAGUACUGCCCGACGUGGAGACAUAUUCCAGUUACGUCCUGCCCACCUUCGACAGCCUGGAGACCGCCCGCGCGGCCCUUAAGGAAGCGGGCUUCUCUGUGGACACGGAGGGCUUUUCUGCGUCCGAGGUCCGGGCGGAGGCUGUGAACCUGCCGAAGCUGCUCGUUCUCUUGUCGUCUCCGUCCUGCCCUGCCGUUGACUUGAGCUUGUUCCGAGGGAGCCUGACCCUGGGCUUCAAAAAGUCGAGUGACGUGGAAUGCAUGACCAAGAUUACUGAACUGCUGUACCAGGACCCGCGGUUCAGCCAGACGUCGGGAGGCCCAGCCGAGGCUGUGUCCUACUUCCUGUAUAACUUGAUUGACAGCAUGACUGAGGAGGAGUUGCUGGCCCAGGAGGAGAAGCUCAGGCAAUACUUCCACCAGCUUAAGAACACGAACGUCAGAAUCCCGGUCAACAUCUACAGAGGAAUCCGGAACCUGCUGGAGUCCUGCCAUGUGCCGGAGCUCAUCAAGGAUGUGGUCAUCCUGGUUGACGGCAAAGAAGCGAUCGACACCUUGGACAUCCCAAGAGGAAAAGAGGGGAGGGGUGUAGGCCUUGAGAAGAGGCUGGAGGAGCUGAAGGCAGAGAACAAGCCCCUGGGAGCCACCCUGAAGCAGCUGAUCCUGUCUCUGUGCGCUGAGGAGAAACUGGACCGGGCCCUGGAGCUGAAGGCUCAGCACGAGGAGGACAUGGCCGUCGGGGGCUACGCCGCGCUCAUCAACCUCUGCUGUCGCCACGACAACGUGGAGGAGGCGCUGAACCUGAAGAGAGAAGUGCAACGGAAGGACUCUUCCGUGGCCCUGGACGCCGGCAAGUACCUGGCGCUGGUCAAGGUUCUCUCCAAACACGGAAAGGUGGACGAGGCGGUGGACAUCCUGAAGGAGAUGAAGCAGAAGGACGUGGCGGUGCGGGACGCCACCGUGGCGCUGAUCUUCCACGUGCUGAACAUGGCGGGUCUGCGGGGGGACGCCGCCACCGUCAGGCGGCUGCAGGAGACCAUCUUCUCCCUGGGCCUGGCCAAGCCCACCGCCAACCUCUGCUCCCCUCUCAUCACGGCGUACCUGGAGAGCGGUGACCUGACGGGGGCGCUGGACGCAGUGCUGGAGUGUCACAAGCAGUACAACCAGAUGCCCCGCAUUCACGACGUGCUGUGCGGCCUGGUGGAGAAGGGGGAGACCGAGCUGCUGCAGAAAGCGAUGGACUACGUGAGCCAGGAGCGGGGCGAGAUGACAAUGUUGUACGACCUCUUCUUCGCCUUCAUGCAGACGGGGAAGCACAGGGAGGCCCGCAAAAUCAUCGAGACCCCUGGCCUGAGGGCCCGGCCCGGGCGCCUGCAGUGGUUUGCAGAGAAGUGCAUCUCCAACAACCAGAUGGAGGCUCUGGAGGGCAUGGUGGAGAUGACGGCGAAGCUCUUUGAGUGUGACAGAGAUGAGAUGUACCACUACAUACUCCGGCUCUGCAAGGACACCAAUGAUUGGCGCAAGGCUGAUGCUACCUGGACCAAGAUGCAGGAGGAGAACGUGAUCCCCCGAGAGAGGACCUUGCUCCUGCUGGCUGACAUCUUCAAGAGCAACGGCCAGGAGGUGCCCUUCGAGGUGCCCGAGGUGUGGUACGAGGGUUCCACCGAAGCGCCGCAGCAAGAUUCGAAAAGCAAGAGCACGUUUAGCGCCCCCAGCCCUGCCCCCACCCCCCUGUCACCCAGCGACUACCAGCUGCGCCUUUUCACCCUGUGCAAGAGGGGCAAGGUACAAGAGGCCUUGAAAUUGUUGAAGGAGGUGGAUCAAAAGGGCAUGGUUUUGGGGCCUGCCCCCUACGACAGCCUGAUCAGAAGCCUUCUCGCCAAGGGCAGCAUCGAGGAUGCCAUGGCCGUCAGAGACAUUGCAACAACCCGGAUUGGCAGUUUCCAGCUGAGUGAAGUAGCCAACAGCCUCCUGGUCAUCUCGCAGGUGAAGUGUGGAAAGGUGAAAGAGGCCCAGGCCACCCUGACGUCCAUGCUGCAGGCCGACCAGGUGCCCUCCCAGCUGGCGGUGACCCGGCUGGUGCAGGGCCUGGGCACCCGGGGUGAGGCACGGGCCGUGCAGGAGGUGGAGAGCACCAUCAAGGCCAUGGCGUCCUCCCUCAACCUGUCGCGCAUGCUGUUCAUCAACAACACGGCGCUGGCGCACAUCAAGAGAGGGGACAUUGAGGCUGCGGUGGAGGGGCUGGAGGCCUUCUACACCCCGGGCAGCGAGGCCCAGGGAGCCGACGCUCCGGUCGCCAGCAUGUCCUACGUCUUCCGCAGGGUGAUGGAGGAGAACAACGAGGACGCACUGGACAAACUGAGUGGAAUGGCUGAGAGGCUGGCCAAUCACUUCGCCGUCUACAGACCCGCCUCUGACCUCUUCCUGCAGUACCUGGAAUCUGGCCGGGCAGAGGACGCCAAAUUCCUGCUGCAGCGCUGUGCUGCCAUUUCAGAACAGAAGGAUGUCCUGUUGUCUUAUGUCACCAGGGCUGCACAGAAACCUGGACAGGUGCACAAGAUCAAAACCAUGAUGGAGCUCAUCCCCGACUUCACCGAAAAGGAGGUCAUGUACCCCUACCUGAUCAAGAGCUACAGCCAGGAUAACGACCUGCCCUCAGCGAAGGCCCUGUACCAGAAGAUGCAGGAGGAGGGGGUCGCAGCGGACGAGCUGUGUCUGAAGAGGCUGGCCACGCUGUACAGGAACGGCGGAGAGGCCGUCCCGUUCGAGGAGCCCCCCGAGUCCUUCAAGUUUUACGCAGACAAGCUGAGAGAGAAGACCAAAGCGCAAAGCUUGGUUGAAGACGAUUAAAGAAAGGCUGUCUCCUGUGUUUUUUUUGUUUUCUCUUUUUUUAUAUGAGUUAUAUGAUCAGAAUCUGUCAAAUACUGUGAUGUCACCCAGUGUUGAACCCCAUGAGCCCUGCAUACUGAUGUACAGAAAGUAUUUAUGCUUGUCAAUAAAA